UUUCGGGCAACUAAAAGGCUUAUUUACUUGGGAAUAGUAAUGCAAUAUAUAUAAUAUUUGAUUUAUAUUUCUUUUUCAAAAUUUGAUAUAUAUUACAAAGCUUCAAUUUCAGACCUAAAGCACAUCUCAUUUGUUACGAAUCUUAUCUCUUUCUCUCUCUCUCUUUUCUCUCUCUCUUAUUUCGUCUCUCCUUUGGUAGUGAAGAUGGAUAUGUACAAAGAUGAUAGCUCCCCAUACUGUUAUUUCCAUCCAAAGGAAGAAUAUGUUGGAGUGUGUCCUCUCUGUCUGAACGAGAGGCUUCUGGUUCUAGCUUCGAAGCAGAGAUCACCAAGAACCAAACACUCUUCAUCUUCACCAAUCAUUAGCCUCCCUAAGAUAUUCACCUUGAGCUCUCUCCUCAGUCGCCUCGAUCUCCGUCACCACCGGAAAUUCCAUCCCUCUUCCGAUCUUGACGUCUCCACAAGCCAAGAAGAUUCUUUUAUAUCAAUAAAAUUUGAAAACGAUGGAAACUCGUCAUGGGAGAGGAAAACAGUGUCAAAGGCUUGUGAAGAUAACACAAACUCAACAUGUAAGAAGCAGCAAGCCCCUAUAACGAGCACUACGAGUAUCGUAGAGCACAAUAGUGCCAAGUCAUCUCUUAAGUGGCGCAAACGUAUUGGUCACCUUUUCCAUGUCAUCAAACUCAGAUCAGGAUUUCCCACCUCUUCUUGUCAUGUGGCAUCUUCCAAGGUCGAAGGAACCAAAGUGAGAAAACAUGGCUGGAUGGUGAGGACCUUAACCAGAAGAAAAUCCAGGAAAAGUAAAACUUGAGUUUUUGUUUUCAUAUAUUUAUUUAUUAAACUUAGACAAAUAUGUUGAUGCUUUUGUUUAAAGAAGAAAUAUAUGUUGAAGUUUUUUUUGUAAGUAAUGAUAACAUGGAUUGAAAAACGACUGCAAAAAUCCAUAAAUUAAAUUGUUAAAAUUUAUUAUAUUUUGUAAAAUUAGGUAUAUCACAUAUAAUGUUUUGGUUUUAAA